AUGUACCGAGAUUACGGCCUGGCGCAAACUCCGUUUAUUGAUAAGUUAGAGACUCUUAAUCAAACAACAAUUCCAGAAAUACCUGUGUACAAACCUACAGUUGCAGAAUUUGAAGACUUCAGCAAAUGUAUUUCCAUGAUAGAGUCCCUCGGUGCUCAUCAUGUAGGGCUUUGCAAAGUAAUACCACCUUCAAAUUGGGUUGGGCGUCGCAAAGGUUAUGAUAAUAUUGAUGAAUGUUUGGUAGAAAAACCUAUAUGUCAAAGCACAUAUGGUGGACGUGGUAUAUAUUUUCAGGAUAUUUCACCCAGAAAAAGUCUCAAAUUCAGUGACUUUAAAAAUAUUGCUUUAUCAAGUAUAUAUUGCACCCCUAAGUACAGGGACUACGAUCACCUUGAAAGAAAAUACUGGUCGUCGAUAGGCACAAGUCGUCCACUGUAUGGGGCUAAUGUCAGUGGAACUUUGAUGGAUAUUGACCAGCAUAUUUGGAACAUUGCAAAACUCGACUCAGUACUAAGUCGGGUUUUCGAAGAAGAGGGUGUACAAAUACCAGGUGUGAAUACUCCAUAUUUGUAUUAUGGAAUGUGGCGAUCUACGUUUCCGUGGCAUGUUGAAGAUGUAGACUUAUACUCUAUAAACUACCUGCAUUACGGUCUUCCAAAGUGCUGGUACGUCAUACCUCCAGCUUUUGCGCGUAAAUUUGAAUCCUUUGUUUCCGAAUAUUUUAGGUCGGAAUUCUUGAAAUGCCAUUGUUUCUUAAGGCAUAAAUGCGUUUUAAUUAGUCCUACAGUUCUUUCCCAAUCUGGAAUCCCAACUAAGAAAAUUUUACAACACGAAGGUGAAUUUAUGAUAACUUUUCCUUAUGCUUAUCAUUCCGGUUUCAAUAUGGGUUUAAACAUUGCUGAAUCAACAAAUUUUGCACUUACUAGGUGGAUAGAGUACGGAAAACAUGCGAAAAUAUGUACCUGUUGGGAUGACACAGUUAAAAUAUGUAUGGAUCCUUUUGUGCGAAGAUUUCAGCCCGAGUUAUUUAAUGAUUGGAAAAAUGGAAAAAACCUACCACCACAUCCUCUCGAUGAAUAUCUGCCAAAGGAAACAAGUCAUCAUGUUGAGAGCACACUCACGUAUCCAGAUAGUGCCAAGGAUAUAUUGGGUAUCGAGAACAAUGAGGUUAUGGCCAAAGACCCUUCUCUUUUUAAACCUUACUCUUCUGAUUCACCGCCUCCCAAAGUUGGCGAUCUGAACUCUAUUGAUCUGCGGUAUUCCUCUAAACAGUUCGAAACGGCCAAAAUCCCUUUUCAUAUCGCUACUAACCCUCGCUUGUACCCUCUGUGGUGUGGAAAUCCAGCUAAUGAACAGAUUGAACGAAAUUUCAACAUUUUCAUCGGAAGUCAUAAACCAUAUUGUGCUGUUUGCUCAUUUUUGUGGACUCCUCAGCAUGUUUCUAAGCUUUUAUCUAGUGGACAUCGAGAAGACAAACUACCUUUAUACUCGGAACCACACAUUCCCGAAGUUGCAUAUCACAGCUAUAAAUCUUCUGUACAGUUUCCUCCGACAGUUAAAAGUCGUAUACUCAGGUGUUUUCGUUGUUGCUUAACUGUACAUGCUAGAUGUUAUGGUGUUCAAGAUGAACUUGGAUUUAAAUAUGAGUCUUCAUUAGAACAAAAACAUAAUCUGAACUUUAAAAAAUCCUGGUAUUGCGAUGCUUGUAUGGCGAGUUCAAAACCCACGUGUGUAUUCUGUUAUAUGCGCGGAGGAGCUAUUAAAGCACUAGCCAACAUAAAUAAUGCAUUUACUGGACGACCUUACUGGGCACAUUUAGUUUGUGCACUAAUUACUCCAGGUUGCUAUUUUGAAGAUGUGCCUAAACGAUUGGCAUUUAUUUCUGAAGACACGAUCAAAUCAGCUAUAUCUUCAGCCAUAUUAUAUUCCAGCGAAAGUAAUAAACGUGUGAUUAAUGAAAUGCAAAAUAUUAGUUCGCCAAGUUGCUUCUCUGAGGCUGUUCCCUUCAAAUCUUCAAGUUAUUUACAGAAGAAUUUGAAAUUAGUGCGUAAGAGACCACCUAAUGUUGAUAACAAAAUUUUACGAGAAAAUUAUAAAUCACCUGAUCAGAGAAGUAAAAUAUGUCGAUUAAACAAAUCGAAUAAUCGUUUUUCACGAAAGCUACUCAUCACUACUUCCACAGUUUCAAUUGAUUUUAAUUUAAAAAAAAUAAGACCGUUCAUUCAGAAUAAUAACAAUCGGAUUUCUAGUGUACAUCAUUCUGACAAUACUAACAUACCAGUUGAAACUGGAGACAAAAUUGCAUUAUCUCUUCCUUCAAUAUGUUUUGUGUGUCAAUUACCUGGGAGAGGAUUUCUUCCAUUGGCUUCUUGCUGGUAUAAUGGUUGUUCUACACAGUUUCAUGUUACUUGUGCUCAAAUGGCUGGUAUUGUUAUUGGAACUGAUGUAUAUCCUCGGUUCUUCUAUAUCGCAUGCAGUAAACAUCCUACUAACUACGAUCACCCAAAUUUUCACGAUCACGGUUCCGUUUCCCCAGGAGAUGAAGUAAUGGUGCAAGAAACCAAUGAUCCUAUAUUUUCAUCCGCUAUCGCUAUCCGACGAGUAACUCCUCUAUACUGCCGUAUUUCGUUUCCCGAUGGAACCUUCUCAUCAGAUACACCACCAGAGUAUUUGACAAAUGUUAAUUGGUUCAAAGAUGGACCUCCAGAAAAAGGAUCAUUUAUCAAAGUUUUAUGGGAUGAUGGAAUGGAAUAUGCGGGAACGUAUGAAGGUACUACUUCUGAAAAGUGGGAAGUUCAACUGGAAUCUGGAGAGAUUAGAGUAUUUAAUCGUGAACAGUUUUAUGUACAACCAAAAACUAAAUAUUCAGAUAAUUUGGCUUUUGAUGGUUCGUCUACUGAUUAUCCAUGGGCAAUAACAGAUCUUGAAGAUUCAGUCGCUCCCUCGAAUUCAUAA